AUGGGGGAAGAGGUGGAGGGCGAGGGUGGUGGGGGCGAGGGUGGUGGGGGCGAAGGUGGUGGGGGCGAAGGUGGUGGGGGCGAAGGUGGUGGGGGCGAAGGUGGUGGGGGCGAAGGUGGUGGGGGCGAGGGUGGUGGGGGCGAAGGUGGUGGGGGCGAAGGUGGUGGGGGCGAAGGUGGUGGGGGCGAAGGUGGUGGGGGCGAGGGUGGUGGGGGCGAAGGUGGUGGGGGCGAAGGUGGUGGGGGCGAAGGUGGUGGGGGCGAAGGUGGUGGGGGCGAGGGUGGUGGGGGCGAGGGUGGUGGGGGCGAAGGUGGUGGGGGCGAGGGUGGUGGGGGCGAGGGUGGUGGGGGCGAGGGUGGUGGGGGCGACGGUGGUGGGGGCGAAGGUGGUGGGGGCGAAGGUGGUGGGGGCGAAGGUGGUGGGGGCGAGGGUGGUGGGGGCGACGGUGGUGGGGGCGAAGGUGGUGGGGGCGAAGGUGGUGGGGGCGAAGGUGGUGGGGGCGAGGGUGGUGGGGGCGAAGGUGGUGGGGGCGAAGGUGGUGGGGGCGAAGGUGGUGGGGGCGAAGGUGGUGGGGGCGAAGGUGGUGGGGGCGAGGGUGGUGGGGGCGAGGGUGGUGGGGGCGAAGGUGGUGGGGGCGAGGGUGGUGGGGGCGAGGGUGGUGGGGGCGAGGGUGGUGGGGGCGAGGGUGGUGGGGGCGACGGUGGUGGGGGCGAAGGUGGUGGGGGCGAAGGUGGUGGGGGCGAAGGUGGUGGGGGCGAAGGUGGUGGGGGCGAAGGUGGUGGGGGCGAAGGUGGUGGGGGCGAAGGUGGUGGGGGCGAAGGUGGUGGGGGCGAAGGUGGUGGGGGCGAAGGUGGAGGGGGCGAGGGUGGAGGGGGCGAGGGUGGUGGGGGCGACGGUGGUGGGGGCGACGGUGGUGGGGGCGAAGGUGGUGGGGGCGAAGGUGGUGGGGGCGAAGGUGGUGGGGGCGAAGGUGGUGGGGGCGAGGGUGGUGGGGGCGAGGGUGGUGGGGGCGAGGGUAGUGGGGGCGAGGGUGGUGGGGGCGAAGGUGGUGGGGGCGAGGGUGGUGGGGGCGAAGGUGGUGGGGGCGAAGGUGGUGGGGGCGAGGGUGGUGGGGCGAAGGUGGUGGGGGCGAGGGUGGUGGGGGCGAAGGUGGUGGGGGCGAAGGUGGUGGGGGCGAAGGUGGUGGGGGCGAAGGUGGUGGGGGCGAGGGUGGUGGGAGAGAGGGUGGUGGGGGCGAAGGUGGUGGGGGCGAGGGUGGUGGGGGCGAGGGUGGUGGGGGCGAAGGUGGUGGGGGCGAAGGUGGUGGGGGCGAAGGUGGUGGGGGCGAAGGUGGUGGGAGAGAGGGUGGUGGGGGCGAAGGUGGUGGGGGCGAGGGUGGUGGGGGCGAGGGUGGUGGGGGCGAAGGUGGUGGGGGCGAAGGUGGUGGGGGCGAAGGUGGUGGGGGCGAAGGUGGUGGGGGCGAGGGUGGGGGCGAAGGUGGUGGGGGCGAGGGUGGUGGGGGCGAGGGUGGUGGGGGCGAGGGUGGUGGGGGCGAGGGUGGGGGCGAAGGUGGUGGGGGCGAGGGUGGUGUGGGCGAGGGUGGUGGGGGCGAAGGUGGUGGGGGCGAAGGUGGUGGGGGCGAGGGUGGUGGGGGCGAGGGUGGUGGGGGCGAAGGUGGUGGGGGCGAAGGUGGUGGGGGCGAGGGUGGUGGGGGCGAGGGUGGUGGGGGCGAAGGUGGUGGUGGCGAAGGUGGUGGGGGCGAAGGUGGUGGGGGCUUGCCGAAGGCUUAGCUCUGUGAGCCGCUUGCCAAGCAGCUUGUCAAGUUCUGAUGUUGAUAAUCGCCUCAUGGACCUGGCUUUGCUGUGGUCUUACAAAUUUAUUCGAUGA